AUGAUGAGGGUGAGGAAGAGGAAACUACUGGAACAGCUGAUGAUGAGGGUGAGGAAGAGGAAGCUACUGGAACAGCUGAUGAUGAGGGUGAGGAAGAGGAAACUACUGGAACAGCUGAUGAUGAGGGUGAGGAAGAGGAAGCUACUGGAACAGCUGAUGAUGAGGGUGAUGAAGAGGAAGCUACUGGAACAGCUGAUGAUGAGGGUGAGGAAGAGGAAACUACUGGAACAGCUGAUGAUGAGAGUGAGGAAGAGGAAACUACUGGAACAGCUGAUGAUGAGGGUGAUGAAGAGGAAGCUACUGGAACAGCUGAUGAUGAGGGAGAUGAAGAGGAAGCUACUGGAACAGCUGAUGAUGAGGGUGAUGAAGAGGAAGCUACUGGAACAGCUGAUGAUGAGGGAGAUGAAGAGGAAGCUACUGGAACAGCUGAUGAUGAGGGUGAGGAAGAGGAAACUACUGGAACAGCUGAUGAUGAGGGUGAGGAAGAGGAAACUACUGGAACAGCUGAUGAUGAGGGUGAUGAAGAGGAAGCUACUGGAACAGCUGAUGAUGAGGGUGAUGAAGAGGAAGCUACUGGAAAAGCUGAUGAUGAGGGAGAUGAAGAGGAAGCUACUGGAACAGCUGAUGAUGAGGGUGAGGAAGAGGAAGCUACUGGAACAGCUGAUGAUGAGGGUGAGGAAGAGGAAACUACUGGAACAGCUGAUGAUGAGGGUGAGGAAGAGGAAGCUACUGGAACAGAUGAUGAUGAGGGUGAUGAAGAGGAAGCUACUGGAACAGAUGAUGAUGAGGGUGAGGAAGAGGAAGCUACUGGAACAGAUGAUGAUGAGGGUGAGGAAGAGGAAGCUACUGGAACAGCUGAUGAUGAGGGUGAUGAAGAGGAAGCUACUGGAAAAGCUGAUGAUGAGGGUGAUGAAGAGGAAGCUACUGGAACAGCUGAUGAUGAGGGAGAUGAAGAGGAAGCUACUGGAACAGCUGAUGAUGAGGGUGAGGAAGAGGAAGCUACUGGAACAGCUGAUGUUGAGGGAGAUGAAGAGGAAGCUACUGGAACAGCUGAUGAUGAGGGAGAUGAAGAGGAAGCUACUGGAACAGCUGAUGAUGAGGGGGAUGAAGAGGAAGCUACUGGAACAGCUGAUGAUGAGGGAGAUGAAGAGGAAGCUACUGGAACAGCUGAUGAUGAGGGUGAUGAAGAGGAAGCUACUGGAACAGCUGAUGAUGAGGGGGAUGAAGAGGAAGCUACUGGAACAGCUGAUGAUUAGGGGGAUGAAGAGGAAGCUACUGGAACAGCUGAUGAUGAGGGUGAUGAAGAGGAAGCUACUGGAACAGCUGAUGAUGAGGGAGAUGAAGAGGAAGCUACUGGAACAGCUGAUGAUGAGGGUGAUGAAGAGGAAGCUACUGGAAAAGCUGAUGAUGAGGGUGAUGAAGAGGAAGCUACUGGAACAGCUGAUGAUGAGGGGGAUGAAGAGGAAGCUACUGGAACAGCUGAUGAUGAGGGUGAGGAAGAGGAAGCUACUGGAACAGCUGAUGUUGAGGAGGAUGAAGAGGAAGCUACUGGAACAGCUGAUGAUGAGGGUGAGGAAAGAGGAAGCUACUGGAACAGCUGAUGAUGAGGGAGAUGAAGAGGAAGCUACUGGAACAGCUGAUGAUGAGGGGGAUGAAGAGGAAGCUACUGGAGAAGCUGAUGAUGAGGGAGAUGAAGAGGAAGCUACUGGAACAGCUGAUGAUGAGGGUGAUGAAGAGGAAGCUACUGGAACAGCUGAUGAUGAGGGGGAUGAAGAGGAAGCUACUGGAACAGCUGAUGAUUAG